AUGGCAAUCGGUGUUGAUUCUUCGAAAUGGAAACCUCGAAAAUUAAGAGGAACUCCAGCUGGAAAAGUCAGUAACAUCAUCGGAGCCUCUGUAUUAGCAUUUGGUUUUAUAUGCGGUGCUUUUUACCAGUUUUCUAGCGUAACAGAAAAAUACCGAAAAAAAUUUGAAAUUCUUUAUGAGGAUCCUGAAACAGAAAUAGAAAGGAAACAAAUGAUAGCAGGUGGUUUUGCAAAUAGAACUGGAGAUAAAAUCAGAAAACUAAUGGCAGAAGAAGAGAGACCAGAUUUACCUUCUAAG